UUCCACUUUUCAAUUCCUCAAGCAUCUGCGCCUCCAAAUUCACAGCUUUCUCGCUUCUUCCUUCUCCAGUUUCUUCGAUUUUAUUUCUGGGUUUUGGGUUUUGGGUUUUGGGUUUGGAUUUGCGAUUCUGUGUCUGUUCGGGAGCGAAAUGGAGGAGACCAAAGGGAACCCAGCUGAAAUCAACAGCUUCUAUGUGAUUUCUAAGCUCCGGAACAACCCUUUUGAUUUGAACAAGAAGAGAAAGCUGCCAGCUGAACAUUUGGGCUUGCCUUCACCGAAGCAUAAACACUGCAGUGAAGGCUUCCCUUCUAAGUCUGCCUUCCCGUACAGUGGCGAACCCGAAACGGAACACAUGAAUGUACAAUUCAUAAAGGGGAAUUCGAAUGUAAUGUGUUUUGGCAAGGGAUCAAGGCCCGGGUCAUCAAAAGAUAGCAAUAGCUUAAGCGAAGAGGCUGACUCUGCCACAUCUGUGUUUCGUGGGGCAAAAUUUGAACCGAGUUGUGAUAGUUCUUCCUCCCAAUCUAUCAGUUGCGGCAGUGCAAGUUCUGAAAGCACCCAGUUCUCUCUUGAAAGUUCAACGGCAAUGGAAUCGAGUUCUACCGAACAGGAAGCAGCGUUCGUGGAGAAUAGAAUAGAAACGAUCCACAAACUUCAGGAGCAUAUGCUAGAAUUGGAUAACCAAGAAGAAUACAAUUGUGCAGAAUAUGGAAAUGAUGACAUUGAGCAAUGCACAGACCAGGAACUCGAGGAACUUUUCUAUUCGAACGGGUUAAACCAGAAUACAUACCUUCUUUCGUCGGGACGAUGGGGCGUAAACCACGAAGCUCAAUCAAGAGCAAUGACCCCAACCAUCGAUCAGGAAUUUGAGCAAUACUUUUCCAUGCUGAUGCUGUAGCCGUGAUUGCUCAGUUCGAAUACGAGCAACCCAAAUGUAUAUAUUUCAAACAUGUGGUGAGUCUUUAUGAAUAACGAAGCGAAUAUUCCGAUAAUUAUAUGAUGGAAAUGGCAUGUUUAACUA